UUAUAAAUACAGUACUCAACGCGCAUACAGGUAUCAGAAGACCUUAGAGUUGAGGACGAGUGGUAAAGGCUCAAGCGAAUAUCACGUUACUGUCACCGGGACCGUUUAUUGCUGAAUUGUAAUGGAAACUAUGGAAGCUGUGGAAGUUGUCUCCGAUCAGAGCGUGGUGACCAGAGUGGCCAACCUUCCCUUGGUCAGCAGUACCUAUGACAUGGUGUGCAAUGUGUACACCAACACCAAGGAUAGUCAUCCCUACAUUAAAUCCGUGUGUGAGGUGGCUGAGAUGGGUGUGAAGACCAUCUCUUCAGUGGCGCUGACCAGUGCAAUGCCCAUCAUUGGCAAACUGGAGCCUCAAAUUGCCAUGGCAAAUGACCUUGCCUGCAAAGGGCUGGAUAAAAUUGAGAAGACCUUGCCAAUCCUCCACCAGCCAUCAGAGCAGAUUGUCGCGAGCGCCAAGGACGUUGUGACUGGAGCGAAAGACGCCGUGACCACCAAAGUGAACGGUGCCAAGGACACCGUGUCCCACACCCUCAUCGGGGUGGUGGAUAAGACCCGGGGGGCGGUCCAGGACAGCGUGGAGAUGACCAGGGCCGCGGUCCACGAACGUGUGAACUCUGUGAUGGGCAGCCGCGUGGCGCAGCUGGUGAGCACCGGGGUAGACUCCGCCCUGAGCACGUCGGAAACCCUGGUGGACCAGUACCUGCCUCUGACCAAGGAGGAGCUCGAGGUAGAGGUGAAGGCAGUGGAAGGGUUUGAUGUUGCCACUGGAAAGCCCAGCUAUUACGUGCGCCUGGGGUCGCUGUCCUCCAAGCUUCGGAAAAGGGCCUACAAUCAGGCCGUUGCCAGGAUUCAAGAUGCAAAGCAGAGAAGUCAGGAGUCCAUCUCUGAACUUAGCCACACUGUAGAUCUGAUUGAAUACGCAAGAAAGAACAUAGACGGUGUCAAUCAGAAAAUGCAUGAGAAGCUAAACUCUUGGGCUGAGUGGAAGACAGCAGAGCACCAUGUGGAAGAAGCCACAGAAGCAGUGCAAAUUGAGUCACGCACCUUGGCCAUCGCCCGCAACCUCACCCACCAGCUGCAGACCACCUGCUUGACCCUGGUCUCCAGUCUCCAGGGUGUCCCCCAGAACAUCCAGGAACAGGCCCAAUCUGCAGCCCAGUCCGCCACCGAGAUCUAUGGAAACUUCAACAAGGCCUCUGCCUUCAAGGACCUAUCGGACGGCAUACUGACCAGCAGCAAGUCACAGCUAGGGAAAGUGAAAGACUCCCUGGACGGAGUCAUGGACUACCUGGUCAACAACACCCCGCUCAAUUGGCUGGUAGGUCCGUUUUAUCCCAGGUUGGCCCCCCAAUGUUCUGAGCCGAACGAACAGCAGGGGAAAUCACCCACCCCAGAGGUGGAAAUGUUGCCACUGAACAACCCUCAAUAAUAACCCCCAAAUAACCCUCCUGGCAGAGAACUAAUCCUGGUACAUGUGACACAUUAAUGCUUGGGGUUGAACUUAUAAUUCAAGAAAUCCGAUGUCUAUCUUGGGGCCAGUGCAGGGUACAGUAAUUGACAAAACAAAGCGUUCCUUUUUACUCUUUAAAGUUAAUCAAGUUGGGCCAUAAUUUGUACGUUCAGACACUGUGCACAUGUAAUCCUGGCUGCGUUUGUGGUGGUGUGUGCGGCACUUUCAUGGCGAUUGGACCGAAACUAUGAAAGGUGUGAGAAGAUGGUUAUGAAUGCCACAAAUUGCCUAAUAUCCAUAAUAUGUAUUUUUUUAUAUCUGCUACUUUAUACGUUUUACUUUUGUAUUGCACAAUAUAUUUUGUACAAGAAUUAUAAUAAUAAACAACUAAAUAUCUAA